CUUUCGACUGCCCCGGAACCCACCGGAGCAGGCAGCUGGGGGUGGGGGGGCGGCCCUGGGAUAGGGGCUGUGGCAGUACGCGGGGACCCGGCUGCGGUGGCUGCGGGACUGACGAAGUCUCGCUCUGUGGCCCAGGCUGGAGUGCCCGGCUGGUCUCAAAUUCCUGACCUCAAGUGAUCUCCCUCCCAAAGUGUUGCGAUUGCAGGUGUGAGCCACUGCACCUGGCUGCUGAGAAAUCUUUGCCUACAGUGAGGGAAACUACUAAAGUUCCUGGGGAAGCAAAGUAGAAUUUCAUAAGAACAAAAUGGAUGGAGAGGAGAAAACCUAUGGUGGCUGUGAAGGCCCUGAUGCCAUGUAUGUCAAAUUGAUAUCAUCUGAUGGCCAUGAAUUUAUUGUAAAAAGAGAACAUGCAUUAACAUCAGGCACGAUAAAAGCCAUGUUGAGUGGCCCAGGUCAGUUUGCUGAGAACGAAACCAAUGAGGUCAAUUUUAGAGAGAUACCUUCACAUGUGCUAUCGAAAGUAUGCAUGUAUUUUACGUACAAGGUUCGCUACACUAACAGCUCCACCGAGAUUCCUGAAUUCCCAAUUGCACCUGAAAUUGCACUGGAACUGCUGAUGGCUGCGAACUUCCUAGAUUGUUAAAUAAAAUAAAUUAUAAUAAACUGUUAACUCUUUUCAGUAUUUAAUACCUGUAGUUCAGUUAGUAACUUUUUCAUAUAUAGCAUGUUGCCUGUAUGCAGUUGAACUAUAUAAAGUUCAUUGCAAAGCAGAUUAUCUUGUUUUUUUGCAUAGCAAUCAAAGUUGAAAUUUGUUUGCUACAUCAACAAAUUAAGGGCAUUUUCACAAACUGAGAAAUAAACAAAUAUGCCAAUU